AUAUUUAGUUCCCACCCAUUAAAUCCCAUAGUACCCAAUAACAGAAGCAGCAGCAGCAGCAGCAGCAGAAGAAGAAGCUGAAAUGAGGGUGGACAUACAAGGCAAGUUAAGGCUAGCUCUUGGAACAGUGAAGGAUCAUGCAGCUAUUGGCAAAGCCAUGAUCAUCAACAAUCAUGAAGGUAAAAGCUUUUCUGAUAUAGAAAUCGCAGUUUUACGUGCAACUGCUCAUGAUAAUCUUCCCAUUGACGAUAAACACAUGCAUCAAAUCCUUUUCUUAGUCUCAAAUACUCCAGGAUCCAUCCCUUUUCUCGCCGAGAUGAUUUCUCGCCGUCUCGCCAAGACAAAACACCCUCUCGUUACCCUCAAAUCUCUCUUACUUAUUCAUCGAAUCCUCCGUGGAGGCAACCGUUACUUUGAGCAACAGCUUCGUAGCUCACAUAUUUCAGGUCAUCUUCAAAUCAGCACCAGCUUGUUCUUUAGAAAUUCAAAGUCCUCUUCUGAUCCUUAUGUCUCUUUUCUUCAUAAGUAUUCAGCUUAUCUUGAAGAAAGAAUUGGGUGGGUCAUUAACCAGGCAGGGAAGCUUGAACCUGUUAAUGUUAUGUCUCAAGGGCUACAAUUUAGGUCUUAUGAUGACAAGUGGGUUGAUAUAAUAUUUCAUAAACUUCCAAAAUGUCAAGUUUUUAUAGAUAAAGUAUUGGGUUGUUCUCCGAUUCCACCUUUUGAUAAUCUUGCUCAGGCAGCCAUGAGCAACACCUUGAAAGAGAGCUUCCAAGUUUACAUGACAUAUUGUGAAGGAGUUGCAGCUCUUGUUAAUAUGUUCUUUGAUUUAACUAUGCCUGCAAGAGCCUUGGCCUGUCAGAUACUACAGAAAGCAUCCAAGCAGAGCCAAGAGCUUCAGAAUCUCUAUGAGAAUUGCAAGAGAGUUAUUGAUAAUAAAAAUUUGGAGUAUCCAGAGGUGCAAAUCAUCACCAUGGAUCAUGUGAAGGCAUUGGAGAAAUGCUCUGAAUAUCAUUCUUUGACACUUGAAUGCCUUGAAAAUAAGCCAACUAAGUGGAGAGCAAAAGGAGGAGAUCAAAAGGAUCAUACAACUGAUAAUUUUAGUUUGUCUCCUGCUCUUUUCUCUUGUACUAUGGAGACUAAAAUAAGCAAGGUAUGGGUAGUGUUUGAAGAUGAAGAUCAUCAAGAAAAUUUCCCAUGUCAAGAAGCCAAGUCAUAGGAGAAAGGAGAAAUUGCUAAUAAUUUUAAAGAUUUCUAGUUUGGAAAACCUUUGUAAUUGGAGAAAUUCCUAUAAGAUUAGUCCUUUGAAUUGGGGAGAGUGUGUUUCGAUGAUGUGGUAAGAUGACGUGAAUUAUUUUAUCAUACUCACAUGUCACGUAAAUAAAUACUAUUGAUAAAAAAUUUAAAAUUUUUA